AUGUGUCCUAACUCCUGUCUGGAGAAAGAGAAGAACCAACAAACACACUGCUGCAGCUGCUAUGCCCAACCGAUCUGGAACUGCUCUCCAAAAUGGCCGUACCGGCGAGUGGAGAUAGAGUAUGUGUAUCGCCGAGGCCGGGGGAUGGCGGUGUACGAUCCCCACGACCUCGGUCAGAAUAUCUCAAAGCUGGUCCACACGAGGGGCUUUCUAACUCAGAUCCCGGGAAACUUGUGCCAGAUCAGCGACCUGGUGGAAGUGGAUUUAAGUUGGAACAAGAUAAUGACUUUGGAAAACAUAAAUUGUAUGGAACGUCUAGACACGCUAAUACUUCGGAACAACCUCGUGACGUACCUUAGUAACUUGACACUGCUUGGUAUGACAGAGCUUCGGAUUCUGGAUCUGUCCGAUAACGUCCUAACCGUCAUCGAACCCAACACGAUCUCUGACCCGUCCCUGGGGAUGCUUCAUAUCAUUUUUAAGGAUAACUCGCUGACCAGUGUUGAUAUCACUAAUGUCGUCAUUGAUACCCCGUUCUGUAAGGCAGAUUUUUCGAAUAAUGCUGUCAAGGAACUUGUGAACGAUAUUGGAUGGAUCGUCGACACAGCAAAGGACUACGGUGACGGCGGUUUCGUCGAUCUAUCGCACAACGAUUUUGUGUCGUUUCCAAAUUUUGAAAACUUGGGAUUCAGUGAUCUUCGGGAACUUGGUAAGGUGUUUAAAUUUGGAUUCGAUUUCACGAAUGCCAAUUUCACGUGUGACUGCAAAAUGCAGCCCUUUCUCGAGUUAUCCAAGGAUAUCAUAAAGAAAAUCUGGAGAAGCUAUUUCAAUGUCAUCUGUGCUGGUCCGCCAUCUCUGAAGGGUCAGUCUAUUGUGAACCUUGUGAAUCAAGGUCGCCUCGAUGAGUUUACCUGCGAAAUUGAAAGACAGGACAGGUGCCCCCUGGGGUGCCUCUGCUUCCAUCAGCCUUCACAAAACCGACUGGUCGUAAACUGUUCGAACACUUCCCGUACGUCACUCCCUAAAACACUUCCAUCAGCCCCCGCCGGACAAUUACUUGACCUGGACUUUGGUAUAAACCACAUCACACAGUUUAAAACAGCAGAAUACCUUAACCAAACGAUAGCCUUCAAUAUGAACAACAAUGAUCUAAGUUUUAUUUCUGACAAGUCGUUAAGGCAAUCAACAGAUAUACAAAGACUUUGGUUCAGAAACAAUUCCAAGAUUCGGAAUGUCCCUAAAUCUCUCGAGACACUGCACCCAUGUAAUGUAUCCUUUGGCGUUCUGUAUUUGAAAUGCCAUUGUCAAAUCUUAUGGAUGGGACGUUGGGCCAACAGUCCCAAGGCGGCGUUAUGUCCGGCUAACAACAACUUUUUCUGCAUCACGGAGGAUGGCCAAGUAUUACCUUCAUCGGUGUGGACAAAGAAGGCUUUGGAAUGUCCCAACGAGGUUAACUGGACCGCCAUUGGAAUAGCGAUAGCUCUUGCAGUGUCCUCACUGAUGUUAGGAUGCAUAGCUUGGCUGCUAUAUCAAUAUCAAUAUGAGAUAUAUCUUCUUAUUAGGCGUGACAACCAAAAGGAUACCAUUUCUGGAAACUCGUACUUUAAAUAUGACGUGUACAUUUCGUUCAAUGAGAAUAAUCCUCAGCUCUACUCCUGGGUGCGGAACAAGCUUGAGCCUUGGCUGAAUGCUAGGGGAUACUCGCUUUGUCUACCGUGCAGGGACUUUGCGCUGGGAAGUCCCAGAUCGGACGCUAUCUUGGAACACUUACAAAUGAGCAAGAAGUUUUUGUUCAUUGUGGACGACGAUUUUCUUGCCGAUGAAGAUGUGUCUAUAUGGUCUCUUCAGGAAUGGCGUCACGCUUGGCAUAUAUUUAAAGCGGAAACGCUACGAAACAUUGCCGUGGUCAAUUACGACCAAAUGCGUGUAAAAAACAUCGAUCAACGUCAAAUUAAAGCGUUCUGGCGACUAGGACUUGUGGUGGAUUUUUCCAACAGGAAAGGAAGAAUAUUUGAGGAAAUUAUGGAACGUUUAAAGUUGGAGAUUUUCACACGCGAGAAGGAUGAUAAAAUGGCUAAAGGAAGCCCAUGGGUAGACGUUGUGUCCUUAAUGGGUCCUUAUAUUACCAACAUUCCCCGGUGUUCUACACCAAACCAAAAGUUUCGGCCAGAAAGUUUGGAGUACAACCCAACCUAUCCCAGAUCACCUUACCCCUCGCAGCUUCGGUGGGUGGAUACUCCGAAACUAACUUUUAAUUCAACCAAGUUCAAUCCUCCCCGGUCUGUCGAAAUAUAUCCAAGCGAAUUUAUUAAGGUAGAUGUCACGUAA